AUGAUGGCGGUUACGUUAACAGAAGAAGAAAAAGAUUUCAGAUCAAGUUAUAAAUCGAUCAACUUCAAAAGUUUUAAAUUUACUCCAUUGGCUAGGCAUUCUGAUGAAGUAGUCUCACUAUAUCUUGAUGAUAAAAAAUUAACCUUAUUUAUUUUUUGCAAAAGAUUCAUUUAUAUCUAUUCUAGUUUCGAACUUAUCCAUAAAGUUGAUAUAAAAGAUGAACCCGUUUUAGCAAACAAGAAUGAUUAUAAUUUUGUUUAUUCAUAUGCAGAAUCACAUUAUUUAUAUUUCGAAUCCAGUGGAUUAGUAUUAUUCAAAGCUAAUGUCAUUAACAACAAGGUGACAUAUUCUUUCAAUGACAGGUUUAAAGGAAUAGGUAAUACAUUUUUAACGCAAGGGCCCAUCGAUUGUCUUAUGACAAGCUACAAAAAUGGUAUAUAUUUUUCAGGAGAUAGAUAUAAGAUUAUAAAACUAGAGUUAAAUUUAGCACUGGAAUUAAAGAAUAUUACUGAUGGAAGUCUUGUUUACUUUGAAUUUCUUACAAAACCUAAUAUAAAAGAUUCUCUACCGUCCCUCAUUUGCUUGGUACAAUCAAAGUUGGGGUACCUGUACGUUGAACAUAGUAUCUGCAUAGAGACUUCCAAAACGGUUACCAUUUCCAAGAAAAUAAUAUCCAAUAAAUGCAAUUAUAAUCAUAACGAGUUCUAUGUAAAGAAAAUAACUGAGCAAAUAAUUGUGCUAUUCCUAAAUGGGAAAUUAUACAAGGUAACUGGCUCUGAUUGUCAAUUAAUAUGGGAAAAUUCGACUUUAAAAUCAAAUAUGAUUGCAAAUAUAAUUCCUGAGGAAAGAAAUCAGCAGGAUAAAACCUUCUGUUGGCUGAUAUAUACUAUGGAUGGAACUAUACACAAGCUGCAUACGAAAAAUGCCACUGAUUCUAAGAAAUUAACAGUAAGUUAUAAACUCAUGGAAACUAACAUAAAAAGUGUUAUAGAAAAUGAUGAUUUGAAAUUUUUAUUUACUCUGAAGUUCAACCAACAGCUUUUGGUUACGUCGAUGUACAAAGUAAUACUGUGUAGUGUUAAGAAAAAUUAUUACAAAGUUGAGAAGAAACUUAAGAAGAUUUUUCAUAGAGCACCCUUAUUUACAGACUGUAUAUCAUAUAACAAACAAGGAUUUGAAAUCAAUUCGUUAAUUAUUUCAGGUUCUCACGGUGAAGGUACUGGAUUUAUUGAAAAACGUUAUCCAAGUGCUCAAACUGCUUUUGAUCUCAUUGAUCAGUGGAACGUACCUGAUGAUUGUGGUAUUAUCAAAGAUUUUUGGGUAACAAAAAAAUCUAUAUUUUAUGAUUCUUUGAAUUGUUAUUACGAAGGUUCAUCAAGGCAUAGUAAAGAAAAUAAAAGUAUUAUUAAUGUUUCUGAUGAUAAUACAAUAAUUUUUGAUAGUCACCUACUAAAUUCUGAAACAGAUAAAUCAAAAAUUUUAUUCUAUUGUCAAGUUAAAUAUAGCGUUUCAAAACUUUUUUUGCUUUUAAAAUCUUCUCGAAAUAUCGAAGUAUGUGAGGUUAGCAGCCAGUGUACCAAAACUAUUGAUCAAUUUGAAUUAACUUAUUUAAAAGAGGAAAUUAUAUGCGAUUUGAAGUCAUUAGUGUAUAAUAAUGAGCUUCUCAUAAUUGCAGCAUCUUCUAAAACACUGACCAUUUAUAGUAAUUCUAGACUUUUGAACUCAAUUAGGAUAAAUAACAGGGAAAGUAUAUUUCACAUCGAAGUUAUCUUAACUACCAAUAAAGAUCAUAGUGAGCAAGUUUUUAACACUGUCACUUCAUUAAUUGGCGGUACUGUUAGGGUGUACAAUCAUGAUUUAUCCACUGUAGUCAUGGAACUUAAAGCGGUUUCUACAGAGUCGUUACAGAUUCUAGCAUUCAGUGAUAACUCACCAUUAGUAAUCGUUUACAAUAAGUUUGAAGUAUUUUUGAUGGAUUUACAGAACCUAACUUAUGGAAGCAUUGUCUUCAAUAUAAAUACUUCAAUUUUCAAAAUCCGAGAAACAAAUAAGUCCCUUUUUCUUCUAAGUAGCGAUGACAUUGUUUAUCAUUACAUUACAAACAGUAAUUGGAAGCAUAGACCAUCGAUGAACUUGGAAUUACAAUCUCAUAUGCUGGAAACGAAAUUAGAUAUACCCAUUAAAAUUAUAAGAACCAAUAUGGAAGAACGAUUUAUCAUAGUAUCAGAUGAAAAGUCCUCGAAAGUUAAAAGAUUACACUUGUUAAAUUCAGGAAAUAUGUCUUUUAUUGAUAGUUUUAAAAUAGGCAAACAUAAUUUAAACAGUAUUAGCUCCAAUUUUGUUAGUAAUCAUAAUCAUUCACUAAGCGACGAAGAAAAUAAUAGCACUAAUUUGCUAUUUACAGUUACUGUUACAGAACAAAAAUCAUUAUUAUACGUUUUAAGAAUACAUUCUCAAGAGAUCACGAAAGUACAGACAAUAAAGUUGACUCUAAAAGUUAUGACGAUAAAAUAUCUUCUGAAUGAAAAUUUACUAGUUGUUGUAUGCGAUGAAGAUAAUCAAUUAGUUAUAAUUUUCUUUAAACAGAAUUUUUUAGAUAAUAACGACUUAAAAUUUAAUGAAUUUGAACGAAAAUAUAUUCCUUUGAAAUUAAAAGAGAAUAUUAAGGCUAUAUUUACAAAGAAUAGACUAAUACUGAUGAAUGCAACUGAAGAGUUUAACGCUAUUGAUAUAACAGUAAACAAAAAUUUUGAGCACAAACUGACUAUAAAGUGGAAAAUACAAGACAUGACAUCACUGCUGAAAAAUAUAAUUUCUGAUAGAAGACAAUCACUGGAAAUAGACAAAGACUCCAUUGAGCAUUUGCAUAUAAAAUUUCCCUCUGAUUUAGGAAAUAAGACUAAUAUCUCAAAAUUAUCACCAACACACUGGCAAUCUGAUUUCGAAUUUAUAAAUAUCACUUAUUUCCCAAAGCUUUCAUAUAUACUUUGUUUUGACAGAGUUGGUGCACUUCAACUUUUGGAGUAUUUUAGGUUUCACGAAGAUAUUAUAACUGCAUCUCCAUUGGAUAAAUCAUUUACUUUAAUCAAUUCAAUUUUUUUAAAACACAGAGCUUAUUUUAAGGAACCUAAUUUGUUAUAUUUUUGGUUUGUAAAGGUAAUAUAUAUAUAA